AUGCCGCCAGAUUUCAGGCCUUUGGCCCUCACAUUCGUCUUAGCCUUGGGCCUAUUGUUCUUGUUCGCAGCUCCAGCAGCGGCAUCAUCAUCAUCAUCACAGCCGUCACCCCAAGCAGCCUCGGACGAGUCAGACUUAAUCUGCCACACAUCGAACCCGGAAGAAUGCUAUCCCCGAGUGUUCGUACCGACGCACGAGUUCCAAACAGUCCACGACGACCAGCAGCUACCCAACGGCCUCCACGUCCGCCUGAACAUCUGGACGGGGCAAAAGGAGGCCAAGAUCAACGUGCCCGACGAGGUCAACCCUGAUCUGGACGGCCUACCUGUCGACCAAGCCGUGGUCCUCGUCGACCAGGAGCAGCCAGAAACCCCCCAGAUCCCCAAGGGCGCGCCAAAGUACGACAAUGCGGGCAAGAUCAAGGAACCUGCGCAAGAAGGAGACGCUCAGACGGAAGCCAUCGCCUUUGCAGAGACGUUCAACAUGCUCAAGACCGGCGAGUCACCCAGCGAGGAGGAGUUUGACAACGGACUGGAAGGACUGGAGGAGCUGUCUCACGACAUCUACUACGGGCUCAAAAUCACAGAGGACGCGGACGUGGUCAAGGCCCUGUUCUGCUUGAUGGGGGCUCGCGAUGGCGACGCUUCGGAGGGAGCCACUCCGCGAGACCAGCAAGCGGCCGCCAUUCUCGCCGGCGCCCUGUCCAACAACCCCAAAGCACUCGCCGAGAUCGCCAAGAUCUGGCCAGAGCUCUUGGACUCGACGUGCCCGCGCGCCGACGGUGCCACCAUCUUUGAUCAUUUCUACCAGGACACGGUCUCCGUGACCGACUCUCCGGCAAAGGUCAAGGCCGCCGUCUCCGCCAUCAACGGACUGAUCAAGGACGAGGAGAUUCGAAAGCAAUUCCUGGACAACAGCGGCAUGAGGCAGCUCCUGACGGUCCUCUUGGAAGAGAGGCCGGAGUGGGCCGGAGCGCAGCGGAAAGUCGCCCAGCUGGUUCUCGACACUUUCCUGGACGAGGACAUGGGCGCCCAGCUUGGCCAGUGGCCCAAGGGCAAGGCAUCGGCCAACGGGGUGUGUGCGGCGCCGGAGACGGCGCUGGAUGACGGAUGCUGGGACUAUCACGCCGAGAGGAUGGUGAAGCUGCAUGGGACGCCGUGGAGCAAGGAGUUGAAGCAGAGGCUGGGAGAUGCGCGCAAGGCGAACAGCAAGUUGCCGGAUCAUGGCGAGUUGUAG